AUGGGUGUGCAUGUUGGCUAUGGGACAGAGAGUCGGACGCCGCCAGGCGAGUAUGGAUGCUUCAUCCCGGAGUCACCAAAGGACAUAUACGCCCACCUCGACUUGGCGUACCCACGCAAGUCGCAUCAAACGCCACCCGCUCCGGGAGUUGGCUCCAUCACGCAACCACCUCUAUUGCCUCCUCAACUUCUUCAGGUUUGUUUCUCCUCUUCUGCCUACCUCCACUUUUGA